AUGGCAACAUCAGAAAAGCAGAGGGGCAUGAUCUUCUUGGUACUCCUGCAAGAAGAACCUUUGAGUCCGCAACACGGGUGCGCUUGCGAUGGCCGGAACUGGAAACCGCCUAUCCAGCUACGGCCACCAUGUCGGAUGUUCCUGACGUCGCGGAUAGUUGUCAGAAGCAGCGUGUCAUGCUGCAAGGCUUGGGCGAUACGAUGCACGCGUUCUUGCAUCUCCGGCUUCUCCGGGGCCAAAGAUCCCCGAACCGAGUUAGCCCAGGCUCAGGCUCCUGUCGGCCUCUUGCAGCUGCCCCGCACGCGCGGGGAAAGGCUGCGGCAUUUGGAGAUCCUUGACCAAGUUCCCUUCGAUCUCGUGAAUGCUUACCAGGAACGUGAGGCAGAGAGAGGUCAGCUUGUUGGUGCGGCUCGAGGCCCUAUCGGGAAGAUCCUGAGACGACAUCGACAGGAUGAUUCGACGACUUUGAUCCGAACAAUGCUUAAGGCAUGUGUGGAGAAACGCUGGGAUCCGAUGCUCUGGGACACUUUCGUGGAAGCCGUGCAGACAGACCAGCAUCGGCUGACUCCCAGCGAUAUUGGUCUGGUGUUGUUCUGCUUCAUGAAGGCGGACUACCGACGUGACGCAUCCCUGGUUCCAGAGCUGCUGAGGAUCUUGGCCUCGCUUGCUGCGAUGCCAGCUGCAUAUCCUCGGGCUGCACCCGGACAUGCUUCGAAUACGCUGGCGACGGUCGCCACAGCAUCCCUUCCCACAAGUGGGCGGAAGCAUCGGAGAAGAAGCAUGCAGACCGGCGCUCUGAAGGCUCAGAACGCGAGGCCAGGAGGCCGUCCUGCGAAGAAGGCAUCCUUUCCUGAGUAUGCUUUGCUUGCGAGCUUUGCCGCGGCCCAGAACUUCAACUUGGGCAAGGCCUCCGCGGACGACCUGGCCAAGUUGUGCACUCGAGCUUUGCAGAGUUCUUCUGAACUUUCAGGCCGUGUCCUGUGUCGAUUGGUGCACCACAGCGGCAGUCUUAUCCAGGCGACUGGAGGAUGCGGCCCUGCGUUGAAGCUGCUGUUGGGGAUGCAGAAGGAGCUUCGGCAGCGUCUACUGGCUCAGCAAGCAGGAGCGGAAGCGGCAAUAUCAGCAUCUGAUCUAUGCCUGGUAGCGCAUGCCUACGCGCAGAUUCCGCAGCGAGCGGACAAAGGCUUGUUUCAGGAAAUUGAGAAGAGACUCUUGGAUGGUGCAUCGCUUGUCGAGCUCGGUGCUGGCGAGCUGUCCAACUUGGCCAAUGCCUUCUCCAAGCUGUCGGAUGUGGAGCGCAGCGGACAUGUGGAGUUAUUCCACAGUUCCAAAGGAACGGUUCCAGGGGAAGAGGAAGUCAGCGAAGUCUUUGUUAUCGGACGUGCCUUUUCUGGUAACGAUGGUGCCCUCGAAGCCAUUGAUGGCAGCUACGAGUGGAUUGAGUUUGAUACGGGAGAUCCCCAGCAGGAUGAGGAGCUCCGCGACCUGCGGCUCGAAGCCGCCAGGCUCACUGCAGCAGCCUGCCGUCUUGGCAGAUACUCCUUCAACGAAGCGGACGUGCCUUUGGUGAAUCUGCCAGAGACGCUGGAAGGCACUCAUGUGGUGCUCAAUGUAGACGGCACGACCCAGCAGGAACAGACCUUUGAAACUGAGUUUGUCUUUCACGAGGCCGAGGACUGCUCCUUGACGGAGGUCCUCCUUGGCCUGGCGGCGGAGCGUUCCGUGACGGUACUAAAUGCAGGCAGCCCCUACAAGAUCGGGGGGAACUUCGCGGAAGGAGGUGCCGUUGAAUUUGAAGAGAUGCUCUGCAUGCAAUCUACCUUGCAGAUGUCCCUCCGCCGUGCCAGCAAAAUGGCUGCAGAGCAUGGUGUGAGGGCCUCGGGGCAUGCGAGAGUGAAUGGCAAGUCGUGGGAUGUUCACAUCCCAGAGUAUGGGGCCGUCCUUAGCCCCAACGUGGAGAUCUUUCGGGCCGGUCCGGAGUCUGGCUUUCCAUUCCUGGAGGGCCCCCUGGUCUUGGCAUCCAUAAUCACCAUGGCGAUGCCCAACUGCAACCAGGAUCUGGAUGAGCCCUGCGAUGUCCCCGACUCCGCCGAAGAGUAUCAAAGGCAUCUCUUCGCGAAGAUCGCGUGCAGCCUCGAGCUAGCCAUGGCCAUCCGGUCCCGCACUCUCGUCGUGCCUGCGAUCGGCUGCGGCAGGUAUCUGAAUGAUCCCAGCACGGUCGGAAAGGUCCUAUCUGAAGUGUUCCACAGCCGCUUCAUGACGGCUUUUCAGGAAGUCCAUUUCUUCGGGGAGGAGGAGUUCUUGCUUGCAUGCUCGAGCCUCCAACGGGAGACGACGCUUCCCGAGCUGGAACAGCUGGGAGCGCACACGCGAGAGCGGAGGAAUGCAGCAGCCUGGCUCCAGGACGACCCUCUGAUGUUCGCUCCAGAGUUGGGAGAGUCUGAGACGAUUCUCGAUCCGGAAGAGCCACAAACUCAACUGGACCUUGGAGAUUUGCCGAAGGGUCGUCCUCGGCAAAGGCCUUCGGCCUUGGACGGCUUGUCGGACUUGGGCCUCAGUGCGGGCAGCGCAGGCAGCACGGGUGCAGCUGCCGAAGCCCUCCGAGGCUCCGCCGCGGGCUCCGCCCCCUCGGGCUCCACCCGGCCCCGGGCUGCCCAGGUCGACGAAAGCAGCUUCCAGUCGCUGAAGAGCACCGUCGGGAAGGUCUCCAACCAGCACAUCAGAUCCCUGGAGACUCUGCAGACGUCUCUCUCCGAGCUCAUCUCGGAGAGGACCGUCAAAGAGCAGCUGGAGGCCCUCCGGCGUGAGGCUCUCGCCCUUCAGGAUCAGAGCUCCGUGGUCGAGGCGCAACGCCUCGAGUUGGAGGAGCGAGGGGCCGAGUUGGCGGCCCGCCGAGAGGAACUUCUCACCCAGCUUGAGCAGGCCAGAAAAGUGGCAGGCGGAUGCCGGAUGUUGGGAUACCAGCUACUGAACGUGUCCAGUUCAAGGGAGCCAGGAGAGGUGAGGGACCAGGCAGAGACGCAGCUGCGGACAGCCUCCGUUGCCUUGAAUGCAUUCUCAUCAGCAUCGGUUCGGCAUGAGCCGUAUUUCGUCGCUUGCCAAGAGAACCUGCCGGCCCUCCUGCAUUCGCCCGAGUGCGACAUGCGAAAGCUUGCCAUGAUAGCACAUGCUUAUGUUCGCGUCAGCCUUGUGCAGAGUUCCCUUCUUCCCCUGAUCUGGGACCGUGCGAGCCGACUUGCAAAAUCUUGUGAUGGCCAAAGUGCUUCGCUCAUCAUCUUCGCGGCCACCAAGGCUUCGGCAGUAAGCCAACCUUCAGGCAUGGGCUUGCUGCACGCAGUAUCUUCACGUUUCCUGGACUUGCUCAAAGGAGACGUUGGGCGGGUCUCAGCACAAAACCUCGUUGUGACGGCGUACGCGCUUGCGAGAGGAGGCUCUGUAAAUUCCGUGUCGCAGGAGCUGUGGAUUCUCAGUGCCGAGCGCGGGGUGGAUGGACUCAACCAUCUGUCACUCUCUGAGGCCGCAAACUUGGCUGCUGCUCUCGCCGAGGUGUACAAGACAAUGCAGGAUGGGACGACCAGCCGGCAGGCAUUCAUGAGCUACUUUGUGGCACUGUCCCAACGCUUGGAGCGCGAGUUUUCAGAAGGUGCCACCACCAGGUGUCCUUCGCCUGAAGCUGUGGCCAAGCUCGUAACCGCUUUUGGAGAUGUCCGCUGCCACGAGGCUGCCGGCAUUUCGCAAAGGAUAAGCAGGAAAUGUCUACUGCCUGCGCUGCUGCGCAGCUCGACGGUGCCAGUUCGCUCUGUGGCCCAGGCACUGUCUAAUCUGCAAGUCUGCGACGAGGACUUGAUGCAGGAGAUUGUGGUGCGAGCCAUUUUUGAAAGCCGCGCCCCCACAUGUGCUAAGUACAGGCCAAGCAUGCAGGAGUCAAAAAACUUCUGGCCGGCCGUCUACGAUCCGUGCAGGAUGGUGUUGGCUCUGGUGGCGCUGCUUCUUGCCAACCUCGGGAGUGCAGACGACUGGCCAACGUGUGACAAUCGGGCGUUCCGCGAUGAUGAGCUGGAGCCGGGCGGAUUGAAACUACUGGGGGUCAAGGAAAGCCCACUAGGCUACUUUCCCACAGCAAGGGCCGCCGCGACCCUGGAGCACUUCUUUCAACAGCUGCGAGAGGUCCUCAGCGACGACUGCCCGCGUGUCCUGGUGGAAGUUGGCUUGCAGCCGGCAGCUGGACCCCUCCAGUGGCCCGGUCAGAAGAACUGGUCCUCCGCGUCAUUGUGGCUCCGAUAUUUCAACCAUUCGGGCAUGGUAGUGGCGGUGGAUCCUGUGGAGGCGUACCUGCAGCACUGGACGGAGAGUCUGAAGGAGACUACAUGGGAGUUUCCGACAACAGGGGGUCCAAUAUCGACCCUAAGUAGUACCAGUAGGAUCCCGAAUAUGAGGGGAUUUCGUCGACACAGACUGGCGCUUAUGUUAGGAUGCUACUUUAAACACAACGGCACAAGUCGUUAUCACGGUUCGGUCAUGGAUAUUCCUCUCAUCGGUUAA